CGGUGGGACGGGAUUCGGUCACCCGGGCACCGACGACGACGACGGUAGUUCGAUCGCCGCUGCCGGUCGCCGCCUUACUUACGAGCGUGCACGAGACCCGGCCACGGGAGCCAUGCGAUCAGUGACACGCCGCCGCUCGCAUCAGACCGCCGCUGCAGCAGCUCGUGCAGGAUACCGCGGCCGGUACGAGUCGGUGGACCGGAGGACGGUGCAUGUGGUUUAGAUCAGGUGAAAGUUGCAAAAUUUUCGAUUUCACGCAGUCGGUGUCGACCGCGCGAGUAGUGACGUAGUGCGAUACGCGAGUGGUAAGGAUUUCAGGAGCAGUACAAAGGAAGACAUGCUGUUGCCGUCGGACAUGUUGGCCACGCAAUCGAAAAUGCUGUACCAGCUGAACAAGUACUGCGUGGAAAGAGUGGAGACAAGAAAGUCGGCCACCGCCAAGGCGGUGCGCGAGGUGUGCAAGGUGGUGCAGACGGUGCUGCACGAGGUGGAGGCCCAGGAGCCGCGGUUCAUCUCGUCGCUGGCCGAGUGCAACGGCCGGUACGAGGGCCUGGAGGUGGUUUCGCCCACCGAGUUCGAGAUCGUGCUCUACCUAAACCAAAUGGGGGUGUUCAACUUCGUAGACGACGGCUCUUUACCCGGCUGCGCGGUACUGAAGCUGAGCGACGGCCGGAAGCGCAGCAUGAGCUUGUGGGUGGAGUUCAUCACGGCGUCCGGGUACCUGUCGGCGCGGAAGAUUCGCUCGCGGUUCCAGACGCUGGUGGCGCAGGCAUGUGACAAGUGCGUGUACCGCGACUCGGUCAAGAUGAUAUCGGACACAGGCGAGGUGAAGCUGCGCAUCCGGGACCGGUACGUGGUGCAGAUCACGCCGUCGUUCAAGUGCGCGGGCGUGUGGCCCCGAUCCGCCGCCCACUGGCCGGUGGCGCAGCUCACGUGGCCGCACCCCAACCUGAUCGUCCAGGUUAAGACCGAGGGUUUUGACCUGCUCUCCAAGGAUAGCGUCAUCAUGCAUGGCAAGCAGAACUCGAUGGAGGGUGACGCGUGGGUCAUGUCGUUCACGGACGUGGAGAAUCAGCUGCUGUACGGUGGCUGCCGCAAGCGGUGUCUGAGCGUGCUCAAGACGCUCCGGGACCGGCAUCUGGAUCUGCCCGGCAACCCAAUCACCAACUACCACAUUAAGACCCUGUUGCUGUAUGAGUGCGAGAAACAUCCCAGGGACGCCGAGUGGGAGGAGACCGGAAUCGCGGACCGCAUCAACGGCAUCCUGCUGCAGCUCAUCUCGUGCCUCCAGUGCCGUCGGUGCCCGCACUACUUCAUCCCGCACCUGGACCUGUUCAAGGGCAAGACGCCCGCGUCCCUCGAGAGCGCGUCCAAGCAUGUGUGGCGACUCAGCCGCGAGAUACUCACCAACUCCCGAGCUUUCGACAAGCUAUAGGCGCACGCGGGUAUUACAAAUGUUUAAACGUCGGUCGUGGUGCAUUGACAACACGUCACGAAAUAUUAUUUUUAUUAUUAAAUUUGUAAAUUUUUUCCCAUUUUUAUUUAUACGUUUAAUCUAUAUAUUAUCAUAUUAGCUAGUCAAUGCGCGUUUGCAUAAAUACUAUACAUCUGGCGUAUAAUAUAAAUAUUGCAAGAAUAUUAUCGGCACGAUUUUUAAGUAUAAAUAAGUUAGUAUAACCAUUGCCGGAUCUAGGGAGGGAGACAAAUGAGUAUGGUUGCCAUAGGCGCUGUUUGUAUAAGGAUGCUCUUAAAUAUAUAAAAAAUAAAAAAAGGUCAUGAACAAACCCCGUAUAUCCAUCUAGUUAAGGACGAUGCAUUUUUAUUAGAGUCGGAAGUCAAAUAUCCUAGAUUCGGCACUGAUUAUUACUAUUUCGAGGAGGAGAGAAAACGUAGAACGUUUAUGUCUUCAUGUGUUGUGUGUUUCCUUUGUAUAAUCAACCAUAACUAUAUAAUAUCCUCUUGUAAUGUUAUACCUUCGAUACGUUCUGAAAUGUUUGUAAUGUAAUUUUAAGUCAUUUAUACCUAUUAUUACCUUAGUAUAAUAUUAUGUUAUAUAUGUUCGUUAUUAGUUUUUUUUCCGAGUGCAAUAUUUAGCUAUAAUAGUAGUUUUUUUGUAAAUUUAGUUAUUCGAGUAUAUGCUACAUGCAAGUACCAAUUUAUUAUUACUAUUAUUGUUUAUAUGACCGACCUUUUGAGUUGUAAACUAAAAUAUAAUAAAUCACAGAGCCGAUUGAUUUCUCUGUAUUUAUGGCUUUUUUAUACGAU